AUGGGAAACUGCACUCACAAACCUAAUAUUAAUAAAAAGAAUUUGAAAUUAUAAACCAAGUAUUAGGUUAAUAACAAAAUAAAAUCUGAUAGUGACAUAUUUGAGGAUGUUACUCCUGAUAGAAAACCUCAAAAUUUAACUAUAAUUCCAAAGAAAUCCUAAUUCAAGCUCAAACCAGUAAAAUAAAACCUGGAAGAGCCUUUACCUUCAAAUAUAACUAAGAGUUCUGAAAAUUAAAUGGAGAAGACUACUUCUUCUCGUUAAAAUAUUUAUGAUAACUAUAAAAUGAUAAAGCUUAUAGGCAAGGGUUCUUUUGGAAAGGUAAGAUUAGCUACUAAUGUUAAUGGAAAAGAAUUUGCUGUUAAGUCCAUUUUAAAGGCUGAUGCUGGAGAGCGUUAUUAUUUACUACGCCGUGAAUUAGAUAUAAUGAAGAAAGUCGAUCAUCCAAACCUCGUAAAAUUUUAUGAGACAUACCACGAUGACAAAUAUCUCCAUAUUGUAAUGGAGUUUGUACAAGGAAAAGAACUCUCACAAUAUUGUUAGGAGAGAUUCGAAGUAAAUAGAAAAUUCACUGAAUCUGAAGUAGCUUUUAUUGUACGCAAAUUACUUAGCGCACUGAGUCACAUGCAUAAUUUAGGAAUCAUUCACCGCGAUAUAAAACUGGAAAAUAUUAUGAUUAAUGAAUCAAACCUUGAUGUUAAAAUAUUAGAUUUUGGGUUGAGUCGUGAUUUCAGUUAAAGCUAAGCAUCUAUACUUUAAUCAAUCGUUGGCACUCCCCUUUAUGUUGCACCUGAAGUUAUUAACGAGUAACCAUAUGAUUAAAAAAGCGAUUCUUGGAGUAUGGGAGUGCUCAUGUAUUAUUUGAUUUCUGGUUCUCACCCUUUCGAAGCUUCUAACAUUAAAGAGCUAUUCAAGAACAUUUGUUCGGCUAACUUCAACUUUAGAAGCAGCGCUUGGAGUGGAAUAUCUAAAAGUGCAAAGGUAUUAAUCACCCAAUUUUUAAAUUUAGACCCAAAAAGUCGUAUUUCUUGUGAAGAAGCUUUAUAAAGUGAUUGGUUUUCAGUUUAUUUAAAAAAUUAAAUAAAUUACAAAUCUCGCAAUAUGAAAAAAUGCUUAUCGAAAAUAUAAAAUUUUAUUUCUUUCUAGAACUCCUUUAAGUUCAAAUAAGAAAUAAUACGUCUCAUGUUCAACACCUAAACAUAAACUGAUGAAAUUCAAAAACUAAAGAUAGCUUUUGAAACCAUCGAUACCGAUGAUAAUGGCUAUAUUUCAGCAGAAGAACUCUUUAAAGCUACGUAAUAAUUAAAUAUUCCUAUCACUCAAAAGUAAAUAUAUGCUUUGUUUCAAGAAAUAAACUGUCAUAAAAUAAAUAACGCAUUCAAAAUCAGCUAAGAAAUAGAUGUUAAUUAAGAUGAAAAUAAAUAAUAAAACUACAUUCACUAUUCCGACUUUAUAUAUGCUUCGAUCAAUCUUUCUAAAGAAUUAGAUUAAGAGAAAAUAAACCAGCUCUUUAGUCACUUCGACAAAGACGGUGAUAAUUUUAUAUCUCCCCAAGACUUAGAGGAUACCUUCGCUUAAGAAGGUCGUAAAUUGCCAGAAUAAUCAAUCAGAUAAAUGAUUGAGGAAGUAGAUGUUGAUGGUGAUGGUAAAAUUUCAUAGUAAGAAUUCUUGUAGCUAGUACAACAAGAAAUAGAAAUUUUCUAAAAAACUCGCACUUCUUUCACUAACCUUGAAAUUUGA